CGGAUUCUCAACCACUGUGCCACCGGGGAAGCCCUCAAGUGCUAUUUAAAUGUUAGUAUUAAUAGUAAUCUGGAUACCUGAUAGUUAUAUCACAUUCCUGGAUGGAGGGGUAGAUAAUGAAUGUUAUUUAUUUAGUGCGUGUUCUGGACCAAGAAUUCCGUUAGACAUUGCAUAUCAUGUAUAAACGACCCUGAGAUACUUGAGGCACGAGAAAUAUUAUUUCUUUGGCUUAAUCAAAUCAAAUCCAGCUUCAAGCUCUUGUUUUCCAAGGUCCGUACAAAUUCCAAUGUCAUUCACUUGCGGUACCCCCCUCCUCUCCUUGGGAUCCUGUGAGAAGACCAGGGGUUACAAAGUCUGCAUGAUGGGAAGUGUCAGUGGUCUUCAGUCCACUAUGGCUACAGCCCCCAGAACAGCUUGCAUGGUCCAUAAGGAGACAGGGGGCUCCUCUGGGGACAUUCUUGUGCUCUGGCAAAGGUGGCCCAGGAGACCACAGCAGUGGCACUCAAGCACACAGAGUUUAGCGCUUAGCUGCCCUCAUCUGAGAUCUUUGCCACCACCGUUCAGCUAUGUCCCAGCCAACUCUGGUCUUCCUCCUUCCUGGGUCCCCAUAACCCUCGUACCCUCACAGUCUUGGGAAUCCAAGCUUCCGCCCUUGAAUCGCCACUCCCCUCUUUAACUAAAAGCAGCAGCCUUCACCCCCAUCCGUUGGAGACAAUCCAGGUUGAUUGUCUCAAUCAGACAGCCAGGGGUCUCAAAGUCAAGGGGCUGGGGAGAGGAUGUAAGUGAGGGAAACAAGGAGAGCGACCACUCUGAAGCCCUAGGGGAGCUGUGCCCUGUCUCAAGGGGCAGCUGCUCCCCAGCCCCAUCACUGUCACAUGUAAGAAGAACGCACGCCCAGUGUCGACAGACUUUCAGGAGAUGCCAGAAAUCCGAACUUUGAUGCAAAAUCUCCUCAUUUGUGAAUGUUGGUGUCUAGUUCAUUUUUUAAAUUUUUUCCAAGACGCUCCACAAGCCCAAACAAGACACGUCUGCAAGCCAGAUGUGGACCAAAGCCUGAGAGUUUGUUCCAGCUGCCCAGACUUUUGAAAACAAAGUUUAUUUGGGGUUGUCUCCCGGGGCUACUGGCAGAGUCUAACUUCUCCAUUUUUCUCUGAAACAUAAAAACUUAGCUCCCUCUGCAAAGCAGGAGAACCUAGGGCUCAGAAGACAAAGGUUUGGCUGCCCUUCUAAUGAGGGGGCAGGGAGGAAAUCACAGUUAUCACAGUUUUAAGUCUUUUGUGUAGUCCAUGGCGGGAAGGUGGGCAGAAGAAGGGAGGGGAGAAGGAAGAAAGAAGGAAAGAAGAAACAGGACAUAGCAUUAUUUUUUAAUAACCCACCCUGCGUUAACUCAUUUAUCUUCAUGCCAGGUGGAGCUCGGUCGAUGGAAGGAUGGCUUGUGACAAGACUUCUUGCUAGGCUAAAUCAUUUCCUUGCUAGUUUUGGGAGAUGCUGCACUGCCCAACAGAGUGGCCGGGUGGGCAAACGUGUGCUGUAACACCUGCCCACUCCCUGCCCGCUCCGAGCCUGAAGGAGACUCAGCUUCAGACCUGGACCUGGUCUGGGCAGGGGAACAAGUGAGAGGCAGGAGGAAAGUGAGGGUUUCAGAGAUGCUGGGUGGCCCCAGCAGACGUACAAGGGCCCACGCCAGAGCCAUGGAAGGGCCAGUCCAUGAGCACCAGGGCAUGGGGUGCCUUGACCUAAACCAAUUCUAACUCCUGGGCUGCAACCUGCUGGUUUUUUAGAUUUGUCCUCUCUACCCUACCUAUUUCCAAAGGAAUCUGAGGCAAUUAAGAUGUAUGUUUAGUAGAUCAUGAAGCAAGCACAUCUGAAAAGGAGCAAAGGAGAGAGGUCUCUGUCACUUGAGAUGAGCUGAUUUUUGAGACGGGGCCCCAGUUUGGCUGUAAGUUUCCUGACCGCCAAGGCAAAAGGGGAACCUCUGAGGCGUGUGGUUUGUACUGUCUGACAAGAGACUGCACCCUCGCCUGUAAAAACAGCCUCUUGGUUGGAGCUGAUCAUAAAGGGGAAUUGAUGGUACAGGGAGUGUCUCCCGUACUUCCUGUGUUGGUCCAGAUCCUCUAAGAAGCAGAUAGCGAGACAAGAUUAGACAUGCAAGGUUUCAUGUGGGGAAACGCCUGUGGGACAGAAAAUGGAGACGGAGGGAGCUGGUGAGAGCUGGGAGAGCGAGCGCCCAGACUGUGAUGAAAAUCCAACUCUGAGAGAAGGAGGAAGGGAGGAAGGAUUGGGUGGAAAUGUGCUAGACUGACGGACUUGGGUUGGGGAAUCCCUGAGCCGCAGAGUCAGCCGCCUACAAAGCUUCCCGAGCUGGCUUUAGAGUUCCUGCUGCUGUCCCUAUUGGCUGGGAAGUGUGGCCGCGGCAGGAGGUGAUGGAUUUCACAGCCCAACAGCACAAAGCUCUUACACUCGUUGUAGCGGGAGAUCAGUGAGGUGCAUUCUCACGGCUACCGUGCUUUCCAAGUGUCAGUUACUGAUUCGUGUACGCACCUCCACAGCUCUGCAGUGUCAAUGCUCUUCUGUUAAAGAAAAUAAUUAUUUUGACACUUGUUAAACCCUAAAGAAGACUUUAUUCAAGAUUAUUGCAAUAGAGGAGAGAGAUGGGCCUCUGCUCUGAAUAAGGCAAAGACAGCUGGGGAUUUACAGCCAACCAACAGAGGGAGGGGUCCGUAGAUGGAAAAUUCCUAAGAGGGGACCUCAGGGGUGGGAGAUUCUUCCUAAAGUGACCUAACAGGAUUCUUGCCGGACACAGGUCAAGAACUUACACAUCAAAGGUGGGGAAUAGAGAGCUUGGUCAGAUAUCAGGGAGAGGGACUUCUAUCGACCGACAGCAGGCUCCUUGCUAAAACUGGGCUUGGAGACCAAAGACAGGACAGGGGCUACGCUGAGGGCCUAGUGGAGAACAGGACUCCGAGGACCCCGAGUGAAGUUUGGUCAGGGAGAGAGUUCUUGUCACCUCCUGGUAUCUAUCUGAUACGUUUCUUUAAAUUGACUUUAAAUUUUAGCUUCAUACGAGUUGAGGAACUAGUUAUAUUUUUUUUUCUAUACAUUAAAAUAAGUGCAUAAUUACUCAAAUUUUAGAAUCACCUGUGUACCGUCUAAAAUUGUCUCGCAUGUCACUGGCAAUGUACGUACCGCCCUCUGGGGAAUGUGGAUUUUACAAAGAACAGAGAAAUGCCGGUUGAAAGGCUGUAUUGCAGUCCUGGCCGGGACGCAGGCUGCCAGCUCUAAGUUGAUUACUUCCGGGCACCUCUUAAGGCUCAGAGAAGACGCUAAGGACAUUCUCAGGGAGAGUGGAGGUGGGAGCGAGGGUAAGGCCAGGGGCUCCUGGCCUCAAAGCUUCCCCACCCUGCCGCCCAGAUGUGGAUCCGGACCUCCAGCGGAGCGUGCACGCUGUGCUCCGAGAGCUCAGUGCCCCGGCCCCCGCCCUGCCGAGCAACCAAGGCAUGUGGAGAUGGUCCCUGCACAAGAAGGUCGAGCGGGAUCCUGGUAAGAGUCCGGCACUGGUCCGCAUACUGCUCAGAGAACUGGAGAAGGUGAGUCCUCGGGCUUCGGGCAGGGGGCAGACAGGGACGAGAGGAAGAGGGGCCGUUCCCGCCGGGGACUCGGGCCCAUCCACCCCGCGUCUCACACACUCUGGUCGUUUGAUUUCUACCGUAUUUCUCCCUUUCCAGUACUUUGCUAUAAGCAAUUUUAUCUUUACAUUGACUCCCACUCUUUGACCUGAGUUAACGUCUUUCAAAAAGGAUCUCUACAACACGACCGUAAAUGGAAAACCCGUAUCACUGGACAGAAAUGGAAAGUACCUGGAAACGCAGAAAGUGAGGACGCCCGGCAUGUCAUCAUUCCCUUGCUGCACACGCUAAUGUACGUGCUCACUAAGGCCACGGGCAUCACAGAGGAGCUCCACCGGAGAACCUACGCCUUCUGCACGAGGUUGCUGACCCUGCCCGCCCCCUACUGCACCAUCGCCCUGGACUGCGCCAUAAGGCUGAAAACGGAGACGGCCGUCCCAGGGACGCUGUACCAGAGGCUGGUCAUUGCCGAGCAGAACCUGAAGAGUGAGCUGUACCCCUACCGGGAGAGAGUGUUCCUCUUCGUGGAUCCUGAGCUGGUGUCUCCCUCCGUGUGCAGUGCCCUGCUGCUGGAGAUUGAGGCGGCCCAGGGGCAGCAGACACCAGAGGCCUGCAUGCGCCACGUGGUCUCCCACGCCCUGCAGGCGGCGCUGGGGGAGGCCUGCGAGGCAGGUGUGCUGCAAAGGAAGCUUCAGACCAGCUCCCCCCGCGCCCUGGAGCACUAUUUCCACGCCGUGGUGGCAGCCGUGGAGCAGAUGGCCAGCGAGCCCAGCCCGAGCCGGGAGGGCCACCUGGAGAGGCUGGAGGAGAUUUACUGCUCGCUGCUGGGGCCGGCGGCCGCCGCCAGGGGCCGCUGCGGCGCCUGUCCUUCAGGUGAGCCCCCCCAGGACCGGCUUCCAAGCAUCCCUCUGCCCAGCCCCCAUAUCACCUUCCACCUGUGGACCAAUGAGGAACAGCUCUGGAAGGAGCUGGUUCUCUUCCUGCGCCCGCGAUCCCAGCUGCGCCUCAGUGCAGACUUGGAAGCCUUGGAUCUGCAGGGCCUCCUGCCAGACCGGGAGUUGGCCCGGGCGUCCAUGCUGUCCACCGACAGCGGCAUCGAGCGGGACCUUCCUUGGGGGGCCGACGAGCCGCCCACACCUGGCAGCCCCGAGGUGGAGCGAGCCAGGCUGAAGCGCAAAGGGGGCAUCAAGAAGCGGGUGUGGCCCCCGGACAUCCUGAUGCCCGGCAGCUGGGAUGGGCCCCCGGGGCUGCACCAGAGGACUGGCAGGCCCAGCGGGGAUAGGGGGCUGCUGCCUGGGGUCUCCCGGCUGCACACGGCCCGGGUGCUGGUGCUAGGGGACGACCGGAUGCUGGGGCGUCUGGCCCGGGCCUACCACAGCCUCAGGAAACGAGAGACCCAGAAGUUCUGCCUCACCCCCAGACUCAGCCUGCAGCUCUACUACAUCCCUGUGCUGGCAUCUGAGAAGCCCACAGCAUCCAGGCGUUCGGAGCUCGGAGAGCUGGCUGCGUUCCUGGGCCGCGCAGACCCGUGGUACGAGAGCAUCGUCAACACCCUGUGCCCCGCCAUCCACAAGCUGGCAGAGAUGCCUCUCUCCCUGGACACGUCCCAGCCCGUAGACCCCUUCAUCCUGGAUGCCAUCACCUACUAUGUUCGCAUGGGCACCCAACCCAUCUAUUUCCAGAUCUACGCAGUCAAGAUCUUCCUCAGUGACCUGAGCCAGGACCCUGCAGAGGACAUCUUCCUCACCGAGCUCAAAGUCAAGAUCCAGGACUCCAAGUUCCCCAGAGAGAGCCUUUCACCCCGGAGGAGGGGCGUGGCCGAGGGCCCAGGGGCUGAGCUCUCCGUUCGCUACCAGAAGGCCCUGCUCAGCCACCGCACCCGAGAGGUCACCGUCUCCCUGCGGGCCACCGGGCUGGUCCUAAAGGCCCUUCCAGCCGGUGACACUGAAGUUUCAGGGCCCACCCACUGCCCCCCAACUGCUGCUCCCGAGACAGACCACACAUGCCUGAAUAUUAGCGUGACAGAGGUUGUCAAGACCUCCAACUUGGCAGGAAGGUCCUUCUCUACGGUGACAAACACCUUCCGGUCGGCUAACGUCCAGAUCCAAAGCCAGGACCAGAGGCUGCUGACACUGUUGCUGGACAAGGACAGUUGCCGCGCGUACAGGGAUGUGGCCAGGUUCGAGGUUGCUCCCUGCCCAGAGCCGUGCUCUGGGGCCCAGAAAUCCAAGGUGCUGGGACUCAGCUCACACCAGGAGGAGAUAGAAAGGACCAAAGCCAAGGCCAAGCCCCUUCGAAUGCCCAUCAACACGUUCUCUGGCAUCGUCCAGUGAGCCCAAAGGGACUGCAGAAUCGCUGAGUCUGAGAGCAGAGGGCCCGAGAGGAAGGAUACACCACCCCACCUGCCCCAAACACUCAGCAACGACUAGAACGAGGCUCCCUGGGGCGGCUUCCAGCCACAUCUGAAAGCCAGCAAGUCCCAGGAGCACAGGGAGCUGGCCGUGGCGGGUGCGGUGGGGCAGAGCCCACACGAAGGGCCGAGGAGGCCCUGGCCAAGCUGUGUGCACGCAGCCCAGCUCCUCGCGCCUGUGUCCACUCCUUCGUUGAUUUCCAAUCCCUGCCUCUCCCACUCAAGCUCCCCACCCGUCCCUUAAAACCAAGGUGAGAGCUGCUGUCCCAUGGCCUGGGGCCCCGUGGCCUGGGGCAAACAGGACGUGGGCAGCGGCAGCCCCUCCCGCCCAGUCUGUUCCCUUCCCUCUAGCGGGCCACUGCCCACCUCGCCCACUCCCAGGCGGGCGUCCCUCCCGGUUGAGAGGAAAUGUCAGAUUCAA